AUGGCUCCUUUACCUGUAGCCCGUUCAACUCCAUACGUACGUCCUUUCAGUUACGUCGGUAUCGACUACUGUGGGCCAUUUCUUAUCCGAAGCGGUAGAUCCAAUGUUAAACGUUGGGUCGCUUUGUUUACGUGUCUAACCAUCAGAGCGGUGCAUCUUGAAGUGGUACACAGUCUCUCAGCUGAAUCCUGCAAACUGGCUAUUCGACGUUUCAUAGCAAGAAGAGGAGCGCCACAAGAAAUUUAUAGUGAUUGUGGGACCAAUUUCCAGGCAGUAAGCAAGGAACUGAUAGUAGAGAUUAACGACAUCAAUAGACAUCUUGCCAAUACGUUCACCAACACAACCACUCAGUGGAACUUCAACCCACCUGCAGCCCCCCACAUGGGCGGAAUAUGGGAACGCAUGGUUCGUUCCAUAAAAGUAGCCAUGAUAUCGCUAUCCGCAGCCAGGAAACCUGAUGAUGAGUCUUUCGUUACUGUGUUAAUCGAAGCCGAAUCUAUGGUCAAUUCCAGACCUCUCACCUACAUGCCUCUGGAAACGGAAUCCCAGGAAUCUUUAACGCCGAACCACUUCCUGUUGAUGAGCUCGUCCGGUAUAAUUCAGCCUCCGAAAUCGACGCCAGACGAACGCACUACGUUACGCAGCAACUGGAACAUGGUUCAACUGCUUAUUGACCAGUUUUGGAAACGAUGGAUAAGGGAAUAUCUGCCGAGCAUAUCCAAUCGUAGCAAAUGGUUCAAAGACAUUGAACCACCGACAAUAGGUGCCUUGGUUUUAACCGCUCAUGAAGAGCUUAGGAAUAGCUGGACAAGGGGACGGGUGAUCAAAGUCUACCCCGGAAAAGAUGGGCGGGUACGUAGAGUUGACAUACAAACGAAGAAUGGCAUUUUUCAAAGACCUGUAUCUAAACUGGUAGUUCUUGAAGUGGGCAAUGACUGUAUAGCUGGCUCAGUUGACCAGCAAUACGGGGUGGGGGAUGUUGCUGACAUUAGCCACAGGGGUGACAAUAAAGCUCGCCAAUUGGGAUCGAAUUUGACAGAAGACAGAUCAAUACACGAUACACCAUAA